AUGGGAAAAUUUCAGAUCGAAAUAGUCAGCUUCAGGCCGAACGCAUAUGCAGACACCACCUACGUCAUAAAUGACAUCCCUCGAGUUGUUGCACCGGAGAUAGAAGAUGCGUUUUCACAAGCCCCGAUGGGGGUGGAUGCCGAGGAAGCUUUCACAAAGAUUGAUGAAAAUGGAGAUAUGGAGGAUGGAAUUGAGAGUCAGCUAGUACAGCUGAAUCCCUUGAAUCUGACCAAAUUGGAAGCAUUUUCUUCCCAGUUUUGUUUGGACACUCCAUCGUCUCUCUCCGCGGUUCUCGCACGCGAUACACAUUCCCAUUUCCCCUCUGCUCGGCAGCUCCGGCUUCCCCCACCUACCCUGCCCACCACCACCACCACCAUGGACGCACCCGGCCGCCGCCUCCGCGCCGUCUCCGCCCACCUCCAGCCGCCCGCAACCGCCGCCCGCCGCAGCUCCGACGGCCUCGCCGCCAAUCCCACCGCAGGGGAGUACGCCCAUGUGCUGGGCUACAGCGCCGUCCUCCCUGAGAAGCUGCAGACCGGAAAGUGGAACGUGUACCGAUCUGCAAAGUCGCCCAUAAGCCUGGUAGACAGGUUUCCAGACAAUCCGGACAUUGGGACGCUGCAUGAUAAUUUCGUGUACGCAGUUGAGACUUUCAGAGAUCAUAGAUACCUAGGUACAAGAGUCCAUGCAGAUGGAACAAUUGGAGACUACAAAUGGAUGACAUAUGGUGAAGCUGGUACAAGCAGGACUGCAAUAGGCUCUGGUCUUAUUUGUCAUGGAAUACCUGAGGGCGCACGUGUUGGUCUGUACUUUAUAAACAGACCUGAAUGGAUCAUAGUUGACAAUGCUUGUUCUGCAUAUUCUUAUGUUUCUGUGCCACUUUAUGAUACCCUUGGUCCAGAUGCAGUUCAGUUCAUUGUGAACCAUGCAACAGUGGAAGCUAUUUUCUGUGUUCCUCAAACCCUAAGCACUCUGCUAAGCUUUAUAACUCAAAUGCCUUGUGUUCGCCUUAUAGUGGUAGUUGGUGGAAUCGAUGAGAAUUUGCCAUCUUCACCUGCAGCUGCUGGAAUGGAAAUCAUAACCUACUCCAGGCUACACAGUCAGGGAUAUAUGAGUCCCCAACCCUUCCGGCCUCCAAAACCUGAAGAUGCUGCCACUAUCUGCUAUACUAGUGGCACUACUGGCACACCAAAGGGAGCUGUUCUUUCUCAUGCGAAUUUUAUUGCAAAUGUAGCAGGAUCAGACUUUGGAAUUAAGUUUUACCCCUCGGAUGUGUACAUCUCAUAUCUACCUUUGGCACACAUCUACGAGAGAACAAACCAAAUAUGGUUGCUUAAUCGCGGUGUUGCCAUUGGGUUCUACCAAGGGGAUAGUUUGAAGCUGAUGGAUGAUCUUGCUACUCUGAGACCAACAAUAUUCGCAAGUGUUCCCCGGUUAUAUAACAGAAUUUAUGCUGCAAUUACAAAUGCUGUGAAGGAGUCUGGUGGGUUGAAAGAACGAUUAUUUAAUGCUGCAUAUAAUGCCAAGAGGCAAGCUAUUAUUAAUGGACGGAAUCCAUCCCCAGUGUGGGAUAAGCUGGUAUUUAACAAAAUAAAAGCUAGGCUUGGUGGACGAGUAAGACUUAUGUCCUCAGGCGCUUCUCCAUUGUCACCAGAUGUAAUGGAAUUCCUCAGAAUAUGCUUUGGUGGUGAAAUUCUUGAAGGCUAUGGAAUGACAGAAACAUCGUGUGUCAUUACUACAAUGGAUGUUGGUGAUAAAUUAAUUGGUCAUGUUGGAUCUCCAAAUCCUGCUUGUGAGGUUAAACUUGUGGAUGUCCCUGAAAUGAACUACACUUCCGAGGAUCAACCAUAUCCUCGUGGAGAAAUUUGUGUCCGGGGACCUAUAAUAUUCCACGGUUACUAUAAAGAUGAAGUUCAAACAAGAGAGGUCAUUGAUGAGGAUGGUUGGUUGCAUACUGGGGAUAUAGGUUUGUGGCUGCCUGGAGGGCGCCUAAAGAUUAUAGAUAGGAAAAAGAACAUUUUCAAGCUAGCUCAAGGAGAAUACAUAGCUCCAGAGAAGAUUGAGAAUGUCUAUGCCAAGUGCAAGUUCAUUGCCCAGUCCUUUGUAUAUGGCGAUAGCUUUAAUUCUUCUCUAGUUGCCGUUAUAGCAGUUGAGCCAGAGGUGUUGAAGGCUUGGGCUGUAUCAGAAGGAAUCCAGUAUGAUGACUUAAGACAGCUAUGUGCUGAUCCUAGAGCAAGAGCUGCUGUGCUAGCGGACAUGGAUUCUAUUGGGAAGGAAGCACAGCUACGAGGUUUUGAGUUUGUCAAAGCUAUUACUCUUGUCGCUGAACCAUUCACGCUAGAAAAUGGUCUCCUGACACCAACAUUCAAGGUCAAAAGACCACAAGCAAAGGCGUAUUUCGCAAAAGAAAUCACCGACAUGUAUGCACAACUGAAUGAGGCAGAGUCAGCUAGGCCCAAGUUGUGAUUACUCAAGUAAUGAACUAAUGAUCAACAUAAGCAGUUAAUCAAGGAACAGCCUGAGGCAGUGUUGGUGCAGUUAAUUUGGUAAUCGUGGUCAAAUAUAACUUAAUGCCCAGUGUAUGCAUCUUUUUAACUUGUUUUCCUGUUUUCAUACAAUAUACACACAUGUAAUCCUCCCAUUGUAAAGAUACAUAUAGAAUAACAGAUUGGUGCCCUAAACAGUUCGUAAGACAUUACGUGCAAACGAUCUUGGUAUGCCACAUGUGUAAUAUUACGAGAAAAGCAAGUGUAUGUAAAAUCUGGAAUUAAGCUGCUAUGGAUUCUACAUGAUAACA